GUGACCGCUACCACCUCAUCCACGACAUCCAAGUCAACUCCUACUGUUUCCAGUACCAUUAUCACACCCACCACACCAAGUACGCUCACAACCCUCACUCAGACCACCUUGCCCACUAGCUCAACGGAAACCACAACAACCAAGUCAAUGCCAACUGUUUCCACAACCUUUACUACAUCCACUUCAUCCACCACACCCACUACCCUCUCUCUUACUACAUCUAUCUUGCCCGCUAGUUCAACUGAGACCACAACACCCAAGCCAACUACUUCCGUUUCCACUACCAUUACCACACCCCCCACAAGCACCACUCCAAUUACGUCCACAACUCUCACUGUCACCACGACCACCUUGCCCACUAGCUCAACCGAAACCACAACAUCCAAAUCAACUCCUACUGUUUCCACAAGCUUUACUACAUCUACCUCACCCACCACUCCCACUACACCCACAACCCACUCUCUCUCCACAUCUACUUUGCCCACUCGCUCAACUGAGACCACAACAUACAAGUCAACGCCUACUGUUUCCACUACCAUUACCACACGCCCCACAACCACCACACCAACUACACCCACAACUCUCACUCUGUCCAGAAGUACCCCGACCAGUAUUUCAGAGACCACCACUUCAAGUACCUUAGAAACUACAAUCACAACUGUUUUUUCAAGUGCUACAUCAACAAAGUUCACACCAAUGGCAACAGCUACAGGAAAAGAGCCAACUAAACCUACUACUCCAACCUCACCUGUAACUAAGAUCAUCAAAAGUACAUCACGAAGUACGAGCAAAACAACACCUACCAUACCUGUCUCCACAAUGUCCAAAACCACUGCAUCAACAGAGUCUGUCCCUACCACGUCAGAAAAAACCAGUCUAUCGGGAACAACUUUGACAAUGACAACAUCUUCCACUACGUCUACAGAAAGCAGCACAACUGCCACACCAACUACUCCCACAGUCACUCUGACCACAGCUACCUUGUCCACCAGCUCAAUGGAGACCACAACAUCAAAGGCAACUGCUACCAUUUCCACUACAUUUAAAAUGCCCACCACAACCACCACACCAACUACGCUCACAACUGUCAUUCUGACAACAACAGCCCCGACCAGUACAUCAACAGAGAGCACCAAAUCAGCAUCCACAACCCAAAGCACCUUAAAAACUACACUAACAACUGUUUCUUCAACUGCUAGGUCAACUAAAUCCACACGAAGGGCAAAACCAACAGAAACAAAGUCCAUACAAACCACAGUAUCACAAAGAACUGUCCCCAUAAGUACAACAAAAACAUCACCAACGACAUCUGUCUCUACAACAUCCAAAACCACUGUAUCAGAAUCUACCUCAACCUCCAUACCAAAAACCAGGUUGAUAACCACAACUCUGACAACAACUACUCCCUUCACUACAUCUACUGAGUCCAGCUCAACUGCCACACCAAUUGGAUUCACAAUUGUCACUCUGACGACAACUACUUUGACCACUAGUUCAACGAAGAUCUCCACCUCCACCCAAACCACAACUUCUUCCACCACAAAAACCACAAUGCUGACAUCCCCAACUCCUGCCCUUACUUCUACAAGCAAAACCACCACACCAACUACACAGACAACCAUUACUCCGAUAACAACAGCCCCGACCAAUGCUUCUGCAGAGAGCACGAAAUCAGAGUCCACCACCCUGAGCACAAUAAAAGCCACAACAAUGACAGAAAUUUCUUCUACUGCUAUUCCAACUACCUUCAGAAUCAGGACAUCACCACCACCAACUGGUACAUUAACAAAAAGCAUAGAAGUCACAACGCCACAAAGAAUUACCCCCAUCAGUACGACGAAAACCACACCAACCACAUCUGUCUCUACAACGUCUAAAACCACUAUUUCUACAGAGUCCACUCCAACCUCCUCACCAAAAACUAGGCUGAUAACCACAACUCUGACAACAAGUACUCCUACUAUGUCUACAGAAUCCAGCACAACCGCCGUACCAGCUACACCUACAACAGUCACUCUGACGACUACUACCUUGACCACUAGUUCAACAGAGAUCGUUAUACCGAAGUCCACUUCCCCGCAAACCACCACCUCUACCACCACAAAAACCACAUCACUGACAACCCCUAUACCUUCCAUUACCUCUACCACAUCCAGCACAACCACCACACCAACUACACUCACAUCUGUCACACAGACAACGAUGGAGCCCAUUACCCCAACCACCAUGAAACCCACAACACUGACUGGAAUUUCUUCUACUGCUACCUCAACUAAGUCCACAACGAGGACCACACCAACCGUGAAAGAGCCAACCAGAAAAAUUACAACUUCCAGUACUUCUAUUAAAUCCACAAUGAGCACUUCACCAACUACUCCAAGUUCUACCUCAACAGAAUUUUCAACUCUGCCUCCUGUCACUACCUCAAUCACCAAAAAAACUAUAUCGGAAAGUACUACCCUCACAUCUACGCCUUCAACACACACCAUGAUAACAUCCACUACUCCAAAAACCACAACUUUUUCAACUACCCCAACUAGUUCAUCAGCUGAGACUGCCAUCAGCAAAUCAACUACAUAUAUAGCACCAACCUCAACAAAAACCACAGCUCUAUUCAAUGUAACAACUACUCCUUCUACCAUAAUCGCUACAAUAUUGCAUUCCACUUACAAAAUACCUCCUACAGCACCUUUAAAAGAAAUGUGUAGAGAGGUUGAAUAUGAUGAGCAAGUGACUUACAAAGGGUGUACUACAAAUGUCACCUUGACCCGCUGUGAAGGAAUGUGUCCAUCUUCAGCAAAGCUGAAUGUUGCAAAGAUGAUGGUAGAUGUGGAAUGCGGCUGCUGUACACCAAUCACAAUGCAUAAAAAGGAACUGAAAAUGCCUUGCCAAGACCCAGAUCACCCUGAAAAUAGGCUCAUUAUGGAGAUAAUCAUAUUUGGUGGCUGCAAAUGUAACUAUGAUGUUUGCACACACUAGCCCGGCCUUUCCAAGCAGUAUCAAACCAGAUUUGUUUUUAAUAAAAUUAUACUAUAACAAUUUACAACAUUGCAAACAAUGACUGUUCGUUACCAUGACCUCUCAUAUCUACUUCUGCUGAUUACAUGGGCCAGCUUUCUGGGACACGACCAGGGCAGCUAUUUGGAGUACAGAUAACUAUAGGGUUAGAAUGAUGUGAAUAAUUUAUUUCUAAAUUUUUGGGCUGAAGGGGAGGAUCCAGAGGUGUCUGGCUUGCACAGGGCAUUAUUUAAGCAAAUGAUGAAGGCUGGCCUGACUGAUUGUGUACUAUAUACUAAUGAAGGGUUUGUGCUUUCAAAUAAUAUGUGAUGAACUGCUAAUUCUUUACCUCUAUGUUCAAGUGGCAAUUGGGUGAGAAUGCACUUUCUAUUGUAAACAGCUGAAAUGUUCCUGUAAAUUCACAAAAUGAUCUGUUAAUCCAUAGAAUGCUAGCCAAUGUCUUAAGUGGAUGACAUCUACAAAGAAUAGCUGGGAGAGAAGAGAAUAGAGAAGCAAGGGGCUGGCCAGGGAGUGAGAGAAUGGUAUGAUAUCCAGGAGAGAGGUCAUCAUGCUUACUUAUGAGUGUUGAUGGUCUGCUGAGAGUGUCACAGAUGAAGACAACAUAUCUGCCAACACAUGAAUACUAUAGAAAGACACAAACGUUAUACAUGGCAGUGAAAUAGCAGGCUGGGGGAACUGUUUGGAUGAGCAACAACUGAAAAAUAUUCUGCUAAAAAAGGAAAAGCUGGCACAUGUGGGGUGCUCUGUAGUGAGGGGAUUUCAGGAGAGUCCAGUGUGCUCACUGUGUCUUAAAGUGAGUUAGUAGAUGGAUAUUAAAGGGGUUUGUCGACAACUACAUAGCAAACUGGGAGGCAGGCAUUCUGAAGAGAGGGGAGGGUUGGAUUAAGGCAUAUCUCCGGGGCGCGUGAGUGCCAAUGGGAGCUAUUACAGGAAAAUUUAACAGCUAGAAAAGCGUGGGGAUUCUCUUGUCAGACAGGUAGAGGUUUCAGUAAUUUGCUUGGGAGUUGCAGGACAGUUUGGCAGGAUGGACAGUUGAAGUCGGUUGAGGCAUUUUUGUAGGAGGGCAUGUCUACACUAGGGAGUUAUUUUGCAAUAACAGGCGAGCGUCCACACUACCAAGCCCAUUAUUUGGAAAUAAAGGGCUUAUUUCAAAAUAACUCCUGCUUGGGAAGAGGAAUAAGCAUAUUUUGAAAUUGUUAUUUUGGGAGUUAUUUCAAAAUAAUUCCCUAGUAUAGGCAUGCCUGGAGGAGCCAGAACUGAAGAGAGCAGAGGGAUCUGUUAACACAAUUUGUCCAUAGCUGUUCAGUGCCUUUUAUCAAGACAUGCACUCUCACUUGCAGUUUUAUGGGUUAGAGAUGCAUUUUCAAAUUAUGUUCAAUAAAUUGCUAAUAAAAAGCUAGCACAGCAGUGGUGUCAUCUGUGUAAUCCUUCAAUAAUUUUCUGUUCCAUUUCUCAUUUAAAACAAUGUUCACAACCUAGAGCAACAAAGUAUAGCAAAAUUUCUUUCUCCCCCAGCCCCAGAAGCAUGCAGUCCCAUUCUCACAAUUUUGUACCUCCAGACCUGAUAUCUGUCCCAGUUCCCAGAACUACCUAAACUCUGCCCCCUCAACCACACCUUUCAGUGAAGAGCCACAAGAAUGACUGAAGGAUUAGUAAACAUGCCCUGAUGUGACUAGACUCAAAGAGCUCAGUUUAUUUAGUUUAAUAAAGAGAAGGUUAACGGGUGACUAGAUGGAUUACAUGCUAUAAAUAUAUGCAUGGGGAACAACUAUUUAGCCAUGGGCUGUGCAGUCUAGCAGAGAAAGGCAUAACUUCACCCAGCGGCUGGAAAUUGAGGGAUAUUGGUGGAGUUUCCAUCACUGACAAGUUUUUAUUCAAGAUUGGAUGAUUUUCUACAAGAUCUGUGCUAGGAAUGGUUUUGGGGAAGUUUUAUUUGUGUGUUACACAGCAGACCAGACUAGAUUAUCACAAUGGUCCCUUCUGAUCUUGGAAUCUAUGAGCUUGUCCCUUAAACCCUGACUCUUCCCUCAACUGUGGAAACUCUUUACUUCACCUUCCACGUCAGACCUAGGGCAACUGUUGAGUAGCAGGGUGGGGAGGGGGAGUUCACUCUUUUUCCCCACAGUAGCGCAGAGGGAAAUUGCAAGGCUGCCCUGAGUGCUGUAUCCUUGCUGCCUCUUAAGUAAACAGUAUCUGCUGCUUCCUCUCCCCUGCCAACGUGUGUCUGCUUCUAAGGAAGAAUAGGGCAGCAAAAGUACUCUGUUUCCUGCAGCAGCUUUGAUUGGCUGUUCUCAGCCCAGAGGACCAAUUGGGGAAGGCAGCCAAUCAAUGGGAAAAGGCACAUCUGAAAAUAGGGUGAAGACUACAAAUUCUUCUGUCCCUGAGAGGCCAAAGUCAUGUUACUCCCAAUACAAGGGUGUGUGUUUGGGUACAGUGGGUCAUUGUGACGCUUUUAAAACCAAUAAAAGGAAGUUCUUCACACAGUACACAGUCAACCUGUGGAACUCCUUGUCUGAGG